AUGACUUAUAACAGCCAUAAAGAUGGCAUGAAGGUCGACUCUGCACGACAAAAGCCCUCCAAGGGUGGUUGGAAUGCUGCCAUAUUCCUCUUUCUCGUUGAAGUAGUAGAGCGAUUUGCGUUCUUUGGUUUGGCUGCAAACCUCAUCACAUACCUCACAAAUGAACUUCAUCAGCCAACCUCCACAGCCGCUAAGAAUGUCAACAUUUGGUCCGGCGUAUCCUAUAUCGUCCCUUUGUUUGCAGCCUUUGUCGCCGAUUCCCUCUUGGGUCGGUUCAACACAAUCUUUUUGGCUUCUGUCAUUUAUCUUGUGGGAAUGAUUUUGUUAGCAUUGUCGGUAUCAGUAGUUCCCAUGGAUUAUCGUAAAGUGAUAUUCUUUGUAGCACUUUACAUAGUAGCAGUUGGGGAAGGCGGGCACAAGCCAUGUGUCCAAACCUUUGCAGCGGACCAAUUUGAAGAGGAUUCAGUUGACGACAAGAAGGAUAAGAGCUCAUUCUUUAACUGGUGGUUUUGGGGAAUAGUGACUGGCCAGGCUAUUGCCAUUUUGGGAGUGAUAUAUGUGGAGGAUAAUAUUGGCUGGACUGUAGGUAUUGGAAUGUUGGCACUAGCAAUGGCAGUGGCACUGAUAUUGUUCUUGCUAGGCAUUAAGAGGUACCGUAAGCAAGUUCCCAUUGGGAGCCCGUUAACUACAGUGGCACAGGUACUUGUGGCAGCUGCAAGGAAGUGGCGCGUGGACAAGAUGUGUGACGGUGGAGGUGUUUAUAAUGGAGAUGGUCAACCUAAGACUCAAACUUUGAUUCAUACAAAUCAGCUGAGAUGUUUGGACAAGGCAAUGAUUAUUGACAACCUCGAUUCCAUGAGAACAAUUCGUGAUCCUUGGAGGCUAUGCUCUUUAAAUCAAGUGGAAGAAGUGAAGCUUGUUCUACGCCUUUUUCCCGUAUGGUUGAGUUGCUUAAUGUUCGCCAUAGUCAUAGCCCAAAUGAAUACCUUCUUUGUAAAGCAAGGUAGUACACUGCAACGAUCCAUUACACCCCAUUUUAUCAUUCCCCCUGCUUCACUUCAAGCCCUUGUUGUUUUUAUUUUGUUACAUCUAGGUUUAGAUGAGUUUCCGGUGUCUAAGCGUGUUCAUAUUAUUGCUCCUAUCGGUGCCACCUUUCUUAGGCAGAGGACUGCUCAGAUGAGAGUAAGCUCUAAAUGCCCUAGGGUUGAGUCUUCUAGUAUCGCACCUCCUCCUCCCUCUUCUACAGGUGAUAUUACGGCUGAGGAGUCUGUUGAUCCUCCUGCUGCUGCUGCUGUUCCCCUACCUUCUACUUCAGAUGAUUCAGACAUUCAUCGUACAUUUCAGAUUGUCAUGAUCAUUCAGGCGGCUCAUGGUUAG